GCCUUUAAAGACAAGACGUUCGUCAUUGUGGGCGGCGGCCCCGCAGCUUCUGCUGCUGUUGAAGAGCUGCGAGCUCAAGGGUUUGAAGGCCGGCUGGUGCUGAUAUCCAGAGAAAAUGUCCCCCCCUACGACCGGGUCAUGCUGAGCAAGAAUUUGAAAUGCGAGCCCAACAACAGUGGAGCUGCGGCUGGGAGAGACAGUCGAGGCUGUUGA